GAGAACUGCUGUUAGUCUGCGCUGUGUUUAUUGUUAAGGUUGUGUGGAUUAGCACUGAUGUACCCAGUACCCUUUUCAUAAUAUCAACAAUAUAAGAUGAGUUAAAGAUGCGCGGUGAGUACCGGUCCAGCCUGCGUUCACUCGCAUCCGUAUCGAACAGUUUAACGGAGAUGUUCGGCAUAGACGGCGGCUAGAUUAGCUUUAAAUUCAGGCCAGUAGCUGAUUUUGUUGAUACUGUGAAAACUGAUAUUUUCUGUGCGUGUGGUCUGUCUGCUUGCACAGCUAAUCGGUCGCAUUAGGAUACACUUAUGAAGUAGCUUCAUGUGUAACACAGCUGUAACCUUCUGCGUGUGUUUUGCUAGAACGCACCGCACUGCGGGGACGGACAGAAACGGACUGACUGCCAGAGGAUAGACGGCAGGUGGGGGGGGAUGGGGGGGCUAGCUUCAUUGACAGGAGGACGGAGAGAUGGGUCGGAUUUAAAGGGGACAUUCACACUUGGAGUUACCAAGUUAUAAUACUGUAUUUAUUUCCAUUUCCCUUCAUCUCAGACCUGUUCUGAGCUGUCUACUUGGCAAGACAGCUGGUGUUUCCAGUGGCUGACAGGGCAAGAAUUUAUGAAAGACACAGAAGAAAACAUGAAGAAAAGGUGAAAGAAAAACCAUGAUACUGCACCACAACUGAUCCACGCCUGCUGCCAAGGAACACCCAUCAUCUGCUACCAGUUUGCGCUGGUAAUGGCUAACUCAGUGGCCUUAGUGGUCCAAGCAGAACUCUUACCGCCUCAGUCCACCUCCUCCCUCUCUCAUUUCCCGUCCCUUCUUGGUUCGGGAGAGGAUGUUGAGGACGAUGGGGACAGAGGGGAGCUGGUGGAGGGAGACAAGGGAGUAGAAGAGAGCGGGGAAGAGGUGGUUCUGGACAUGGUGACGUCGUCGGUGUCGGGUCAACCCCAGCAGCCCGAGCAGUCGGACCAUCCCUUCCAGUGUAUGGACUGUGGGAAGAGCUUCAGGUGGUCGUCCAGGCUGACCCACCACCAGCGGAGCCACAACAAUGAGAGACCAUACCGCUGCAACCUCUGCCCCAAGGCCUUCAAGGGCUCCUCUGCUCUGCUCUACCAUCAACGGUCUCACUCAGGGGAGAAGCCUUACAAAUGUCAGGAGUGUGGCAAAGCCUUCAAACGCUCCUCUCUGCUCCAGGUCCAUCAGAGUGUCCACACUGGGGUGCGUACCUUCUUGUGCCCCUAUUGCCCUCUGACCUUUAAAUGGAGCUCUCAUUACCAGUAUCACCUGCGCCAGCAUACUGGAGAGUGUCCCUACCCCUGUGACACUUGCCCCAAGGCCUUCAAGAACUCAAGCAGCCUGCGGCGACACAAGAAUGUCCACCUGGGCCUCAAACCUUACACCUGCUCAGUGUGUAACAAAUCCUUCACUCAGUCUACCAACCUGAGGCAGCACAUGAGGAUACAUACAGGUGAGAGGCCGUACAUCUGCGGUGAGUGUGGACGAAGCUUCACACACUCGUCAAACUUGGCGCUGCACAAGAACUCUCACUCCAACCUCAACGCGGGAGGGAGGGAGGGAAAGAGGGGAGAGAACGCGAGGAAGGGACAUGAGGUCAUGGAGGUAGUGGAGGUGGUGGUCGGGGCAGAGGAAGUGACAUCGUCCAUGUUGACGGACAUGGUGGGAUUUGUGAGCCAAGAGGGAACUGAUGGAGUAGGGGUGGGGAUGGAAGAGGUGUUCCUGUCAACCACUCCGUCCGGGCAGAAUCCGAGCCUUCUCCCCCAGCUCACCCUCACCUCCUCUGGGGAGGGCGUGUGUGCUUCUAGGGCCAUCGGGACAGAGGUUCACCUGAGCACACACACCGGGGCCAGUUUGCUGCUGUACAGCUGUGGCAGCUGCAGCCACACCUUUGGCACCCGGACAGAUCUAGAGGAGCACCAGGUCAUCCACAUGGCUCCAGAGGGACACGGGGCCGGAGGAGAGGCCGGGCCUGGAGCAGGGAUGGAGGUUGGGGACGGGCUGGUGGGAGCUGGUCACCUGCUGGCUGAUUUUGAGGAGGUGGUAGAGACUACCACAGUGGCUGAAAAUGGACACACGACAGAGGUGCUCCUUGAUCUGACGGAGGGAGCAGAUGGCAGCAAUACAAAUGUGGGAACCACCCAGGCCCAGUUUGACCUGCUGCAGAGCUUCACCGAGGUGACUCAGAGCUCUGAGGCCGUUCAGCCAGAGGCCAGAACCACAUGGGCAGGGCUGUCAUGUGGCUACUGCAAUAAGACCUUCAAGACUGGUGGAGGCCUCAAUAGACAUGUGUCACUGAUGCACUCUCUCUCAUCACAGUCCCGCUCCCAGUUCAGCUGCUCCGCCUGCGACCGCUCCUUCCCCCUUCUGUCCUCACUCCUCACCCACCAACACUCCCACACGCCCGAGCAACGGCUCCUGGCCGAGGCAGAGGCUGAGAUAGUGUGCCCCGCCUCCCUCUCCCUGUCUCUCCCCCUCCCCUCCUCUCCCAGCCAGGCCGACAAACAGCAGGACCAGAGGGAGAUCCACGUCAACAUCAUCGCCGUCGGGGAGGAGCAAGAGGAACAACCGGCCAAACCGGCCAAAGCCCCCAAAAGGACAGUGGCCAGCAAGAACACUCCUGCUGGAGAGAGGCCGUACCGCUGUUCAGAGUGCGGAAAAGCCUUCAAAGGUUCAUCCGGGCUAAAGUAUCACAUGAGGGACCACACCGGGGAAAGGCCCUACCGCUGCACCGAGUGUGGAAAGAGCUUCAAGAGGUCGUCUCUGCUUUCAAUCCAUCAGAGGGUACAUACAGGCGUUCGGGCAUUCCAGUGCCCUCACUGCCCUCUCACUUUCAAAUGGAGUUCUCACUAUCAGUACCACUUGCGGCAGCACACAGGCGAGAGGCCAUAUGUGUGUAAGGAGUGUGGCAAGUCCUUCAAGAACACCAGCUGCCUGCGUAGACACAGUCAGAUGCACUCUGGACUGCGGCCUCAUAUCUGCUCCAUCUGCUCAAAGUCUUUCUCCCAGACGUCGAACCUCAAACAGCAUGAACGCACCCAUUCUGGUGAGAGACCCUUCCAGUGCACGCACUGCAAUAAAAGCUUUACGCACUCCUCCAACCUCCAGCUCCACCUUCGCACGCACUCCUCAAGCAAGGACUUCAAAUGCCCGUACUGCUCCAAGGAGUUUGUCAUGCACUCCUACUUGCAGAGGCACAUCCGUACCCACGGCAGUGGCGUUCCACUGCCCUGUCCCGGUGGUGGAGGUAAAGACGGAGUGGCUGUGAAGGCCAGUGUUGGGGGAGUAACGACCACCACAACCCUGCUCAACCCCAUCACCUUGGAAACCUCAGGAAACCAAGGCAGCCUGAUUGUGUCCCAGCCAGCACUUAAUAUCCCCCUCAACACCUCCCAGAACUACUUUAUGAUUCAGACAGCCAGCGGCCUGCAGCUCAUUCCUCUCUCGUCCCCUCCACCAGUUCCUCCACCUCCUCCACCGCCACCACCACCUUUGUCCCAGCCCCAAAACUUCUUCAUCCUACAGUGCCCCUCCAAUAAUGGCAGCCAGUCCAGCUUGAUCCUCGUCCCCACAGCAAGCAACCCUCCAACAGCUCCGGAGCCUCAGACCCUCCCCGUGCUUCAGACUAUCCUAAACCAAACACGGACUCAGAUGUCCCACUAUCCGGCCAUAUCACAGCAGCAACAGCAGCAGACCAGGUUCAUAAUCACCAACAAUAAUAAUAGCAACAAUGCAAACACUCCUGUGGUCAUGUCAACACGCACUCUCUCGGCCAACUCCCUGCUGACCAAGCCCAUAUUAGGGAAAAGCACGCGGACUGCUCGGGGCAGACGGGGCCGCAAACCAAAAGCUAGUCUUCAGAUGUCUGCAGCAGCUCCGGUCAGUCAGACAGCAGGUGGAGCUCCGUCGGUAACGAACUGUAAUGUGACCAGAACCACAGAGUCAUUCCCAUCUUCUGUAACCACUGUAUCUUGCACUGCUGUCCCAAUUCUUUCAUCUUCCACCACAGUGGACACCUCAGGACCCUCAUCAGCUGUUACGAUGGUUUCACCAGCCACGACGGUAUCGUCAGUUUCUACUCCGGCUACUCUGGAACCUCACACCACAGUGGGGCAAAUAAGGACGGGGGAUACCAUGACAGGGAAACAGUUUGUGUUGUGUUUUGAUAGUGAAGGACGGGCAAAGGAGGGGAUGAAUGUCGAGGAGGGUGGGCACUCCUAUGUGUUACAGUUCGAAGGGGAUGCAUCAGACGUGGCGGGGGAUGGAGGAGUGGGCGGGGAGGGGAAAUCACUUGUGUUGCAGUUCAAGACGGAUGAGCAAGGUGAAGGAGCAAAAGGGGGGGAUAAGAGAGGGAUGAUGUCCCUUCUGCAUGAAUGGGAGGGAGGAAAGCAGGGGCAGAGAGAGAUUGGAGAAGAAGGAAGCCAGGGAGAGUCUUACGUCCUCCAUUUCCACACCGAGGCGCAGGACAGCGGUCCAUCUGGUGCUGCCUUCAGCCAAGGGCAAGAAACCACCCUGCAGCUUUCCUGCACUCCUACCCAAAGUUUGGUGCCACUUGAUGGGCAAGAGGUGGUGUUUGAACUCGGGGGUGAGACCAAGAUGGAGCAGGACACUGAGGAAGGUAUGCAGAUGAUAGCCCUGAUAGGCGAAGGGGGAAUGAUGGGAGGAGAAGGGGCCAGUUGCAAUUCUGCAAGCGGGAGGGUGGAGGAGGGUGGAGGAGCCAUGGAAGGCCUAUAUCAGCUGGGAAAUGGAGAGGAAAUUGUCAUAAUUGAGGUCAGCACCAGUAGUUUAAGAGAAGGAAGAAUGGACAGAGGAGGGGAUGGAGAGAUCUCACAAAGUAGCGAGGUGAAAUACGAAAGUCUAACAGUUGAGGCGAAUGAAAAGUCUGCAAAGGAACACAGCUCUGCAGCCGACACAGAGGCACAGACGUCAACUGAGGACACAAUGAGGAAUGGACCUAUACCCAACUCUAAAGAGAUGCAGUUCUGAGAGUGUGCAGGUUGGAGAAGAAGAAAGUGUGCGUGCGAGUGGAUGCCUCACUAUUUGUGGGCUCAGUGUGUUAGCACUUUAGUGUGCGUUCUCCUGGAGCUGAGGGAGAACAUGCAGUUAGACGAGUACUGUGUCGUAAUCCCAUGGUGCCACAUACUAGAAAUGUUAUACAUUCAAAUAGGCUGUACAUGGACCUCGGAAUAUUCUGAAAUAUAUUAGUUUAAAUGAUACUGUCAUUGGCAGUUUGUUUAUUAAGUAAAUAUGUUUUUCUGUGAAUAAAUGUUGUACAUGGCCCACUUUCUAUAUAAUGUCAAUAGUAAAUAGAAGUUCAUUAUUAAUAAAACUGUCAAUACCUUUCA